AUGGAAUAUCGCGAAAUUGCCAAAUAUGUUUCGACAAGUUCACCAGACUGGUUCCAGUCAAACGUAAUGGCCGUUACAAAUUGGCAAGCUAAUAACAAUGGAGGACGUGCUCUUGUUGCAUUUUCCUCCCGUUCAUAUAUACACGUUUUCAUCAUUAAACAAGAAAUUUACUGGGAAAAUCAACAGGAAUAUUCGUGGAGUUGUGUGGGCCAGAUAAUUGCCCACCAAGACAAAAUAUCGGCAGUAACCUUUGAUGAGUGUGCUUGUUUGCGUGUGGUUUCUUGUGGCUUAGAUGGUUUGGUUCGACGUUGGAAGUAUAUCAGUCAAGAAUGGAUGCUGGAGACUGAGUUUAAUAUACAGGAAGUGCGGGGAAAUAUCAACCCAACAGCUGUCAGUUGUCUCUCCUGCUCUGCAAAUGAGUCAUACAACUUCGUGGGCACAGAUAGAGGGUGGCUUUUAGUAUGGGUUGUUGACUGUGAGACGAACAAAUCUUACUAUGUAUCUAAAAAAUUCGAAAACGAUUCUGUUGUGUUGUGCACAUGGGAGAAAUGUGCAAUAGUUCAAUCGAUUUCGCGAGUUGCUGUCGGUUACAAGAAAGGAAUUGUGUGUGUUUAUUCAUUUAUACCGUCGGAUAUUUCUUCAACUCCAAGCAUCGUACAGUUGACCCGCUUCUAUGCUCAUGAGGCGGAUAUCUGUCAUAUUGUAUGGCGCUCAAGUGCUUCUGCGUCAUCGUCAGAUCCUGAGAUUCUUACAUGCGGACGUGAUCAGAUGGUUAAGGUGAGUGUUCGACAAAGUCUUCAAUCAAAUUUCAGUUUAAUAUCUAAAUAA